AUGAAGAUGCUGAAGAUGCUGAAGAUGCUGAUGAUGCUGAUGAUGGGACUCUGCUGCUCAGGUGUGGGCGGAGCCUCGGAACUGGCCUUCCUCAAGGAGCCCAGUGAUGUCAUCGCAGCGCGGGACCGCCCCCUGCUGCUGGACUGUCAGGUGGAGGGGGAGGGGCCGAUCUCCAUCACCUGGAGACGGAACGGUGUUCCCGUGGCGACCGGCGUCAAGGCGGCGCUGCUCGGCAACGGAACGCUGCUCAUCAGGAACUUCUCUAAGAGACGAGAGAGCAACGAGACGGACGCCGGGGAGUACGACUGCGCCGCCCAGAACCGCUACGGCAUGUUGAUCAGCCGCAAGGCCCGGGUCCAGCUCGCAUUCCUCCCUAAGUUCCUGUCUCACCCAGAGUCCGUGGCGGUGGGUGAAGGGGGCGUGACCAGACUCACCUGUCAGGUAAAUGGAAUCCCAGAAGCCAACAUCACCUGGCAGAGAGACCGACGCCCACUGAGCACCGAAGAUCCCAGGUACACUCUGCUGCCUAAUGGCGUGCUGCAGAUCACCGCCGUUCGACAAACGGACAGCGGUUUGUUUCGCUGCGUCGCUUCCAACAUCGCCAACACUCGAUACAGCCACGAGGCCCAGCUGUCUGUCACCGUUGCAGGAUCCAGGAUCUACCGAGAACCCGUCAUCCUGUCCGGUCCUCAGAACCUCACCAUCAACGUCCACCAGACGGCCAUCUUGGAAUGCAUCGCCACCGGAAACCCCCGACCCAUCGUGUCCUGGAGUCGCCUCGACGGCCGCUCCAUCGGCGUGGAGGGGAUCCAGGUGUUGGGAACAGGAAACCUGAUGAUCUCCGACGCGACGCUGAAACACUCCGGAGUUUAUGUUUGUUCAGCAAACCGACCAGGAAGUAGAUCCAGAAGAACAGCAGUGGGCCGCCUCGUAGUACAAGCUCCUCCAGAGUUCGUGCAGUGGCCUCAGUCCGUCUCCAGACCAGCAGGUGGCAGCGCCGUCUUCAGCUGCACGGCGUCCGGCGCUCCGGAGCCUCAUCUCAUCUGGCUGAAGAACGGGAAACUGCUGACCGCGAGCGGGAACCUCAAACUCACCAACGGGAACACGACUCUGGCGAUCACCCGGAACCCCCAGGACGAGGCCAUCUAUCAGUGUAUUGCAGAGAACAGCGCUGGCACCAACCAGGCCAGCGCCCGGCUCGCAAUCAGCCAGGGGCCCGAGCUGCCCGAGGCCCCCACCGGCCUCCAGGCCUCGGCCCUCAGCUCCACCAGCCUGCAGCUGAUCUGGGACCAGCCGGCGGACCACGUCAGCCAGCAGAUCAUAGGCUACGUCCUGCACAUCAGACGCCUGGGGGAGCCAGACAGUGCUGAGCUGCAGGAGGCCGUCAGUAAGACCACCUUCAGACACGAGUUCAUCAACCUGGAAGCUGCCACCACCUACUCCGUCUACCUGAAGGCCUACUCUGCUCUGGGAGGAAGCCAGCAGUCCAACACCAUCACUGCCACCACACAGGGGGGCGUUCCCAGUUCCCCCAGUUUCUUCACCAAAGUCCUGAACCAGACGGCCAUGCAGGUGUACUGGGAGCUGCCCAGUAAGCCAGGGAAGCUGGAGGGUUUUAGACUGGAGUACCGCGGGGUCUCCAACCCAGAAGUCCAGGGGCAGGAGACCUUCCCAGGACACAUCAACACCCACACCAUCUCCCACCUGGAGCCGGCAGCAGUUUACGAGAUCCAGCUGGUGGCGUUUAACGGGAACGGAGACGGUCCGGCCAACCGCCGCCUCGUGUCUCUGGCUGAGGGAGGAAACACUGCAGCAGCCGGUCCCAGCUGUAACUGUGAUCAGCCUCACGGCUCCAUGUCCGCUCUGCUGGUCGGCGUCCACAGCGGCCUCGCCUGCAUCCUCUGCUGCCUGCUCCUCAUCCUGCUGGGAUACAGACGCAGUUUCUUCUGCAGGAAGUCAGCGAGCUGGGAGACUCCACCCACUCUGAAUGGUGUCAGAGGUGCUAAAGGUCACACACCUGAGAACAUCGAGCUGAGCCAGGUCGGUGAUCAUGUGACUCCGGCCGGUUCCCGCGUGGUAUCAGAUGCUGACGUCGUGGCGUCCCGGAUGCUUCCUGUUGAAACCAAAACCUUUUUACUUCAGUUUGGUGUCAUUUUGAAUUUGUCACCGUUGGUGCCGCGAGACGAUGAGGCCUUCCACCGGUCUGACCAGAGACCAGGGUCCUCGGAGGAUCCAGUGUGGGUUCAGGUGAACUACCUGAACAGGUGUGUGUUUGUUUGUGUCACCGAGUUCGCCUCAGGUCAGGAUGUAGAGGAAGCCCACAGUCAGCUGGUCCCCCCUCCCCCCUCCUCUGACCCCCCCACCAAACUCUUUACCUCCAAAGAGAGCUACCUCGGGCUCAACGCCAAACGCCUGAGCUACAGGCAGCCGUUAGCCUCCUGCUGCUGGUCAAGCUAA